AUGGUAAAUAAUAUCGUUACAUCAUCACUUUGUGUUAAUGAUUGUGGUUUUUAUGGUUCUCCUACAACAAAUAAUCUUUGUUCAAAUUGUUAUAAAGAUUAUCUCGCCAAAUCAAAGGAUUUAUUAUCGACAAGUGAGAAGAAUGAGAGAAAGAGAUGCAAGAGUUGCAACAAGAAGAUUGGGUUAUUAGGGUUUCAAUGUCGUUGUGGAAAUGUUUUUUGUGGAACACACAGAUAUCCAGAAAUGCACUCAUGCGAAAUAGAUUUUAAGAAAAUUGGUCGUGAAGUUUUAAUUCAACAAAAUCCUUUAUGCAAAGCGGAUAAACUAAAGCAUAGGAUUUAG